AUGUUGACAGAGACAGAUUAUAAUAUUAUAAAUAAAAUAAAAACAUUAGUUGAAUCAGAUGAAACAACUAAAGAUAACAAUGAAAUAAAAGAAGAUGUUAAUUGUAAUAAAGAUUCCUCUGAGUUAGAGGACAAAAAUGAUAUAGUAAAUAUACAAAGCAAAAAGGAAGAACAAGAAGAAGCUGUACCAUUCCUUACAACCCCUGAUUUGGAUUGGCUUUAUAUUUAUUUAAAAAGUAAACAUGACAAGGGUGAAAAAGCACCAUACUUACAUGCAUUAUUACAAUCAUCUGAAAUUAAAGUACCUAAAAAUAAAAUACUUAAAAGAAAUCCUGAUUUAGAAGCAAGGUGUGUCAAACUGCGUGCACAACAAGAGGCAAGGGAAUAUAGAAAAAUGACAAAAGGUGUAGAUAAUGUAAGGAUCCGUUAUCCAGAGGACAGUAUUUCAUAUCAAAUUAAGCAACUAAAUCGUCAUUUGAUUGCAAUUGGACAGUUCUUACUAUCAAUUUUUGCUGGAUUUCUCUUUGGAUUUCGGGGUAUUGAAUGGAUAGUUGGCAACUUAGACUUCGGAUUUAGGCUCUUACUUGGUGUUAUGUGUGCAUUAGUUAUUGCUCUUGCUGAAAUAUACUUCCUGGCUAAGAAACUGAAUGAAGAAUUAUCAGUACCAGAAACUGUUCAGCUUGGUGGACCUGUCAAGUUUGCUAAUGAAGUCAAUUAUGUCACUGAUAAUAAGAAUGCUAUUACAAAAGAACAUCAGGAUUAG